UCUGUUGGGGCGUGAGCGACUGACUUGUGUGUGUGUGUGUGUGUGUGUUUGUGUGUGUGUAUGUGUGUGAGUGUAUAUGUGUGUGUGUCCCGGGAUACCGAGGGGUACGUGGGGGCGAAGCAGAACCGGCCAUGGCAGCAGCGGAGGAAGAGGACGGGGGCCCCGAAGGGCCAAACCGCGAGCGGGGCGGGGCGGGCGCGACCUUCGAAUGUAAUAUAUGUCUGGAGACGGCUCGCGAAGCGGUGGUCAGCGUGUGCGGCCACCUGUAUUGUUGGCCCUGUCUUCAUCAGUGGCUGGAGACACGGCCAGACCGGCAAGAGUGCCCGGUGUGUAAAGCUGGCAUCAGCCGGGAGAAAGUUGUCCCUCUUUAUGGGCGAGGGAGCCAGAAGCCCCAGGACCCCAGAUUGAAAACUCCACCGCGCCCUCGGGGUCAGCGACCAGCUCCAGAGAGCAGAGGGGGAUUCCAGGCAUUCGGCGGUGACACCGGAGGCUUUCACUUCUCCUUUGGUGUUGGUGCUUUCCCCUUCGGCUUUUUCACCACCGUGUUCAAUGCCCACGAGCCUUUCCGAAGGGGAGCAGGUGUGGAGAUGGGGCAGGGCCACCCGGCCUCCAGCUGGCAGGAUUCCCUCUUCCUGUUUCUCGCCAUCUUCUUCUUUUUCUGGCUGCUCAGUAUUUGAGCUGUGUCUCCUCCCUGCCCACCUCUCAGUAGAGGAGAGUCAGUAUUGGGGGUCCUUGCUGGCCCUUCCUCGCUCACCACCCCCUCACUCCCAUGACCCAUCUCUGUUUGCUCCGGAGGCUGUGGGGAGGAGUGGCCAGUCUGCUUAAGAUGGGAGUGCCUGCUGCUCUGUCCUGCCAGCCCAGGAGCAGGGUCACUCCCCGUCCCCCCCACUGCCCCUGCCCCCUGCCCUGGAGGACAGACAAGUUCCAGCUCUCCUCUCUCCUCCCUCCAAUCCUCUGCUCUCUCCCCGAUUUCUUGAUUUGAUGUUUAGAGGUGGGCUCUCUCCAACUCCUCCACCUGCUGAUUUAAUUUAAUUUUUCUCUCCCCACUGUCCUGAGUUCUGACUCAAGUGUCCCCUCUCUCCAUCCCUCAAUACCCUCCUUUACUACAAACUCAAAUAAUUAAACAAAAAGACAAAACAAAACAAAAAAAA